UUUUUUGUGAGAUUAGGAAAAAAAACCAUAAUGAAUAAAAAUAAAUACUGAUACCAAUAGCGCCGUCGGUGUAAUAAAAAUUUAGAGAAUGAAAACGUAACGUUCUAUUAAUGAAUUCCUUAGAAAAUGAAGGCUGAACUUUCUCUACUAGUUAUUUUAUUCAUUUCUUUAAACGGCGGCUUAGUUUUGGCAAGCGACGGUGACCGCUCUCCGUUUUACCAAACUUGUGUUAAAAGGUGCAAGAAUACCAAUUGUACACAAGAUGAUAAUUUCACUCCUGAAGCCAUCAAUCUGCAGGACUUCUGGAGCUGGUUGUUGCAGUGGGGUUGCCAGGACGAGUGCCGCUACCACUGCAUGUGGCGGACAGUAGACGCAUUUGUAGAGAGAGGCUAUGACUACCCCAAGUUUCAUGGAAAAGCCUUACAGUGGCCAUUCACCCGACUACUGGGCGUGCAGGAACCAGCCUCAGCAUUCGCGUCCCUGCUAAACCUAGCUGCUCAUCUAUACAUGCAUCAUGAGAUGGCUACGCAAUUCUCAGUAAAGAGCACACCACUGCUGCCUUUCUGGCAUGGGUUUGCUUUGGUGUGCGAGAACGCGUGGAUGUGGUCAAUAAUCUUCCACACUCGAGACACGCCGUUCACAGAGUUUAUGGACUACGCGUGCGCCUUGUCUAUGGUCAUGGCGCUGUUGGCCGCCGCUGUCGUUAGAGUGUUCCACGGGCGCAAGAAGCAGGGUCCGCUGACGUUGCUGCUUAUGUUGGUGUGCUAUUAUGCCAUGCAUGUGCGCUACCUCCACGCGGGCCGUGUCGACUACGGAUACAACAUGCUGGUCAACGUUGUCUGUGGCGUGUCAGGCGGCCUGCUCUGGACGCUCUGGGCGAGCAUCCAGCUAAUCCGCGGGCGCCGCCACCCGCGCCUCGUACUGGCGUUCACCGCGUGGUCGGGCGCCGCGCUGUGCCUCGAGCUGUUGGAGUUCCCGCCGAAGGCUGGCUGGGACGCGCACGCUCUGUGGCAUCUCGCCACCGCACCGCUACCUCUACUGUUCUACAGAUUCGUCAUUGAAGAUUUGAAAUAUUUGCAGAAUGAAAAACAAUCCGAAAAACUUGACGUCAAGCUUUCAUAAAGUUUGAACUGACUCUUACCAGAUUAAUUAGGGAGGCCUGUGAAAUUUCAGCAAAAAAUAAUAAAUUAAGUGUUAUUAAAUAAACAUAAGUGAAUAUUACAACAA